CAAUCCAGAACCCUUCCUGCCGAGCUUCAUGUCGAGCUUGCAUUCAUCAGUAGACUUUAAAAUUGGAUGUCUCUCAGCUCCCCUGCCUUCUAUUAGAUCACUAUACAGAAUGUCAUGUGGAAGUCGACCUUCUUGCAUUCUGUGAACAAGACCAAACCAGCCAAGGUGCCUGCUGCUGAUAACAGCUCAGAUGCCCUGGCACCAGGCUCUUCCCCGGACUUCCUGGUUGUUUACUUCAUCUUUCCAAUAGCUGUACGACGUGGCAACGAUAUAUUGGUCUAAACUGCCCACAGGUUGUGACGUUGCAGAAGAGCCAAAACAAUGCUACCGACUGAUCAACUUCACAUUCAAUUCGGCACUCCAGGACCCCCAAACAGAAUCAGACGUAGUGCUUUAUAAUAGAGUCCAAAGAUAAGAGUGGCACACUUUAUUACCUAAUACACGUUGGAGAGUAACCUACAGAGGGAAAAUUUAUCAACCUUGUUCUCAGAUGACUGAACACGUAGAUACCCAGACCAAAAGGGCAAGGGCAGACUAUGCGACACGUCAGUAAUUCACUAUGGUCUUACAGGGAGACAACCCUUACGUUGUGGAAGUAAAAUUAUGCCACCUGUCUUUGUACAGGCACGACAAGAGUAGCCUGCUUCUGAAAUCCAAACACAAAGUCGCCAUGGAAGACAACCCAAACAAGCUGCCGCUGGUGGAGCCACAUCCCUUUACCAAGCGGUGCUGGAGAAGGGAGAAAAGUCUGCCGGUAUUUUACGAGAAACAAGAGAACUCUGCCUUCAACUCACCCUCGUACGGGCUUUCAGAGUUGACCAUGAAAGCGACAAGCCUGUUAAAAUGUCUUGAGUCUGAAUCUCCGAACACAGGAAUAAACAACGAAGGGGUGUCUCCGAAGAAGACCAGCGCCCACCCGAAAGCUGAAUUUCCAUACAGUCAGGUACAGCCGUGGAGAAGUCAUGACUUAAUCCCCAGUUUUAUCACCAGGUCGGAAAGGACCAAGACAUCGCUCCACAAAAGGAGUGAAGAAGAGGAACGCCAGGAGCUUCUCAGCAGCUCCACCAACGAUGCACUCCAGCAUCGCGUCAACAAAAUGAAAAUCAUGGGCGGACGUUUGCACCAUCGAAUUCAGAAGCGACAACUUCUGUAUCUGAACCCGAUGGAUGGUUAUCGGUAUCAAGACGACAGGCCACCUGUCACGUCACUCAGCGAUCCCGGGACGUGGAAAUCCAAACCUGACAAUUCGACUCGUAAAACCGCCUUCAGCCUCUUUGACUCCCCCUUUGUGGAGACGCCUCAGAAGUUUCACUGGAAGUUAGGAGCUGCCAAAAACGCCCUUGAAAUUAUGAACAAAUGUGGCACCCCGACUAAACUAGAGAGAAACCUGAAAAAGGAACUGACCAUGAACUUGGAACGUCUAAGACGCGACCACAGCUUGCUGCACAGCUAUUUGGUCAGCCCGGCUCAACAUUUCUCCCUCAGUGAUAAAAGGUGCACCCCAGGAGAACGCCUCCUCAGCAUUGCACGCGAGGCCAAUACUUCCAAGAAAGUAAAGCACAAAGCUGAAGGGAUGCAUUCAAACGCUUUGCUAAUCAAAAUUCCUGGAGACAGUGAUGUCAAUUCCUUGGUGACCAUUACCAAAUGCCAAACUGAAAGAAGUAAUGUCAUUGAGCCUAAGAUGAAACAGAAAGUAACCACAAAGGAUAACAAUGACAUCGAACACUUACAAAUCAAUGCGCAUCUUGAUCAUGACACCACACAUUCCAAUGAAGAGUUCAACAGCGAGGCUAUUCAACUACCAAAAAGAGAUGAGAGUCCGGAAAUAAGCUCAGAGCGUACCCAAAAUGUUUUCGUUCAAAGCGAAACAAAAUCCGAAGAAGCUGAAAUAAUUCCUGACUCUGCUAACAGCGAAGAUGUUGCUGAAGCAGAUCCUUUAGAAAGAAAUAAAGAAACUUCUGCAUUGCUAUCCAAAGGACGAAGUCAAUCUGCUGAUUUGCUGGACAGAAAGAAAUUCUAUAAUAAGACCUCUGAUGAUUCGACCUCAAUUUCGCCCGAAGAUGUGAACAGAACGAAUGACAUGGACUCACGCAAUGACAAAUCUGUCUUACAGGAAACAGAAACUACCACAGAGUAUUUAGAAAAGAUUAUGAGUACCGCAGACACGCCCACUCUGAAACUACAAGAAGAACUGACAUUGGGAGAGUCUCACAUCGACGGUGAUGUCAUUGUAGUGAAAGCACGUAGUGACAACCUGGGCAUCACAUCAGUUUCCUGAGUACUUUCCUUUAAACACUUUUCUAUUUAUGUUAAUCUACAAAGCUGUUGCUGGACUAUAAUUUAUGUUUAGUUUGACGAGCUUUGUAUUAUAUGUAUAAAUUAUUUCCAUUUUAUUGCGUUUAUGUUGUAUAAAGAGUCUUCAAAUCAACAAUUCAAUGCUCAUAGAGAGAAGAUAAUAUCACAAGGGGGGGGGGGGGGUAUCAUCACUAUGACACACGUAGAAGUUUUGAAAUCCUGUUGGUCUUAAAAUCAAAGAAAAUGUUUGGACCUAUUUUUAAUGCUCUGAAACAUCAACACUUGGUAAAAAUAGUUUGAUAAUUGCUGGCAGUUCUUUUUUCUUGGCUACUUAAUCCCCAAGGAUCUACGUGGUCGUCAGGUUUCACUAGAAUGGGGGAUCCAUAAACUUGAAAUGAUCUGCGAGAUGAGAAAUAAUCACUCACUAGCCGAAAAAAGCUUUAUUAUAUUUAUAAUAAUAUGUAUAUAUAUAAUCAUAAAGUAAAGCAAAGUUCCUCUUUUAGACCUAUGUUAGACGAUGUUAAGAUCAUCAGUUUUGAUAUAUAUAUACACCAAAAAGUGAAACUCCUUCCACCUACGCUGUCUAAGGAGUAACCAUGAGGUGCGUUGGUCCGACCACAUACCAGGCACAGAAAUCUUACAGCUGUCCAACAUGAACAGUGUCAAUGCGACAGUAAAAAGGUCCCAACUUCGAUGGGUGGGACAUGUAGUCCGCAUGCCAGACUAUCGCCUGAGAAAUGAGAAUGAGAAAUGUGCUCAUCUUCGAUCACGAAGGAGGAGCUCUAUAUAUAUACACAUGAAUAAGCUGAAUGUUUGAUUUACUUUGUUAAAUUUACUAGCAGUAUUAUUGUUGUUAUUUUUUUUUUUUUGUUUUUUUUUUCAUUUUAUAAAAUUGACAUCAUAUUGUAUAUCUGUUUGUAAAUAAAUUGAACUAUCCAUUCAUUA